UUUUCACAGCGGUAUAAAGGACAAACAAUUGUCGAUUGCUGAUUUAGUUUGACCGGCACCAUGACUCGAUUAGUAUCGCUUUUCACCGUUCUGGCAUUUGUUCUUUGCUGGAUCUCAGCAGCAAAAGCUGAUAACGCGGAAUUCACCGCUGGAGUGCUUCGACCUGCCGAUCCCCAAGAGUACGUCCCGGAGACCUGCAAUGGAACGAAGCCUACCGUCUGCCAGUCGUGUAACGCCAUCCAGGUCUGUGUAGAGGGUUCCAGUACUUUGAACCUUACUCGGACCUGCCCAUCUUCGACUCCGUAUUGCGUUCAAUCGAGCUCGGGAUCCACAUGCCAAUCGUCUCCGGAUGCCCAGUGUACCGCGGAUGCGGCAAAUGGAUUCGUCUGCACUAGUACCGGUUUCUUCCCGGAUCCCACGUCUUGUCAGGUCUACCAUUACUGCGAAAAGGAAGGCGAUGUUGGUGAUACCUACGACUGUCCCAGCGGAUAUCGUUACAACAGCCAAAGAAAGACCUGUCAGCUGUGGGGUUGGAACCGACGUUGCGAAACCGUGAAGUGCGAUCCAACGAGUCAGAACGUGUUUGCGGCGUAUCCCUAUGACGAUGAAUAUUACAUCUACUGUCAGUACGACUACACUACCGACACCCCAACGUACCAGAAGACAUACGUCCUGUCGUGCGGUAAAGGAUCCAAGUUCGAUGCCAAGAACCAGGUGUGCAAGUUCCAGUGCCGAAAGGUUGGGCUUUUCGUGAACACAGUGAACCCCAGCCAGUAUUACUCGUGCUAUCGCAAUCGGUUCCAGUGGGAAGCUAAGGUGAACACCUGCUCCAAACCAAACUACAUCUUCGAUGAAGAGCUUAUGCGGUGCAAGGAAGAUCCCAAUGCCACGGCAACCAUGACUGAAGGAGAAGUUAUGGAUCAAUAUCAAGUGGCAUCUUUAUCGGAUUCCUACAGUACCAAUAGCGCAGAAAAGACGACUCCUGCAAGCUCAAGCUCAUCGAUAAGUACGGAUAAACCAACGAAGGUUGAGGCUUCAAGUGGUAAUCCGGUAGUGUCGGUUGUGCUUGCUGAUACCGUCCCCGUAAGAAGAGAUUGUCUGCAGUUUCUGAAGGAUUUGAUGCAAAAGAAUAACAUUCUUAAGUAAGGGUUUCCACGUUUGGAUGAAUAGUUAAAUGCCUUUAGUGUAUUAUUUAUUUAUUUAUUUAUUCACUUAUUAAAUUUAUUAUCAACUGCCAAUAAAUUCAAGUCUGAAUCCAUCAU